GCUCGGAUUCUUCAGCCUACUGCUUAUACCGAGAAACUGAUAGUAUUCGAUGUAUGUGUAUCUGCAAUUCUUUAAGGGUUAUUUAUGUGUCUUUGCUUUCAUUGACCGGGUGCCUAAGGAUUUCUAGGCACUUGACAGAUAUAUAUAUAUUUUUUUGCGCACAUUUUUUUCCAUCUAGACCAGUACUCUGUGGUGCCACUGUUGUCUUCCCUGUAGAUUCCUGUCGGUUUAGCUAAAGCAAGGAUUUUUUUUGUAUCGGGUUUGUGUCUGGAUACGGCGGCACAGAAAUGAAGACGUGUACCCUGGUGGCAGUCCUGCUGCUGAAUUUCGGAUGGCUAGGUUCGGGACACGCUUUUCGGCUCAAAUCCGCUGCGUUGCCAAUUCAACCGGAGUCGGAGCCUCAGCAGUCGAAAGGAAUGCCAGGCUGCUCAUUCGGAGGAAAGUUUUACGCACCUGAAGACACUUGGCACCCUGACCUUGGAGAGCCGUUCGGGGUGAUGCACUGCGUGGUGUGUCACUGUGAAUCGCAAAGGAAUCAUCGUGGAAAGGUGUUUGGAAAGGUGAGCUGUAAGAACAUCAAACACGACUGCCCCGAACCGCUCUGCAGCAACCCCGUUCUACUGCCCGGGCACUGCUGCAGGUCCUGCCCCAAAGCCCAUUCUCAUGCUACAGAUAAGAAAGUGGACCACAUUUUCGACGGGUUUGAGUAUUUCCAGGAGAAAGAUGACGAGCUACACAAAACUUACAACGACCGCUCUUACCUCAGCUCCGAGGACAUUUCCCAGGAUGACAGCAGAACAGAUUUUGUCGCGCUGCUCACUGCUGCCGCUGACUCUCGGACGACCACCUCAAGCGGAGUUGCCCGUGCCCGCUUCACUCUUUCUAGAUCCAGCCUGGUUUUCUCCAUCACAUUCAAAAGAAUUGGGCAUCCCAGUAGAGUUAAAUUCAUAGACAGAGAUGGAAAUAUUGUAUUUGAGUACUUUGUGCCAAGGACUGCAUCUCCAGAAAGCAAUAUGAUCUGUGGCAUCUGGAGCAAUCUUCAGAAGUCGCACAUCCGGCUGCUGAAAUCAGAACAGCUUCACGUUACCAUGUUGACCACAGCCAAUCAAGGAGAAGAGAUCCAUGGGAAGCUCAUCAAGCACCGAGCCCUGUUUGCUGAAACCUUUAGCUCCAUAAUAACCUCUGAUGCUGAGCGUGCAGGCAUGGGCGGAAUCGCAAUGCUGACGCUGAGCGACGUGGAGAACAACCUGCACUUCAUUCUGAUGUUUGAGGGUCUGCUGGAGAGAAGGGAGAAAGAGCGCUCCAUAGUGCCCAUCCGAGUUGAGCUGCUGUACCAUCGCCAUGUGCUGAGAGAAAUCCGAGCCAAUGUUACCUCACAUGACCCUGACUUUGCAGAGGUGCUGACGAACCUCAAUAACCGUGAGAUGUUCUGGCUGUCUCGCGGCCAGCUGGAGAUCGCCGUGGCAACCGAGGGGAAGAACCCCCGUCGCAUUUCGGGGUACAUCACCGGGAAGAAGUCCUGCGAUACUAUCCAGAGCGUGCUGUCCAGUGGAGAUGCCCUGACACCCACCAAAACUGGGGCCGUGGGCUCUGCCACACUCACCCUGCAUGACAACGGAACACUGGAAUACCAGAUUCAGGUGGCCGGGGUUGCCAGCAAAGUGACCGGCGUGACCAUCGAGACGAAGCCGCGACGCAGGAGCCGACGCAAUGUGCUGUUCGACAUGACUGCUGACUACAACGAGGGGCGCGUGGUGGGGACGUGGGAACGUCUGAACGCCCGUGACAUCCACAUGCUGCUACAGAACGAGCUGUUCCUCAACGUGGCCACUUCUGAGUACGAGGAGGGAGAGCUCCGGGGGCAAAUCAGCUCCCUGCUGUACAGCGGCCUGCAGGCCCGACUCCAAGAGCUUCCAGUCCCUCUGGCGGGUCAGUUUGUGUCCCCCCCUGUCCGCACAAGUGCGGCGGGACAUGUUUGGGUCUCGGUGGAUGAGAACUGUCACCUGCACUAUGAGAUCGUGGUGUCCGGCCUCAGAAAAUCUGACGACGUCACCCUCAACGCCCACCUGCACGGCUUUGCUGAGAUCGGAGAGAUGGACGACAGCAGCCGCGAGCACAAGAGGCUCCUCAAGGGCUUUUACGGGUCACAGGCCGAAGGUGUGCUGAAGGACCUCAGUAUGGAGCUUCUCCGACAUCUGGACAAGGGGACAGCCUUUAUCCAAGUCAGCACCAAGGUGAACCCCAGGGGAGAGAUCCGAGGAAGGGUCCAUGUCCCAAACAGCUGUGAAUCGGGCCUCUCCUCCCGGAUAGACGAUGCACAUUUCGACUUGACCUCGUUCGAGGAGGUGAAGCUGGACCCUGAGGAGAUCAAGAAAGACCCCAGCUCCUGCUUCUUCGAGGGCCAUUUCCAUGCACACGGCUCACACUGGGCCCCUGACUAUGACAAGAAGUGCACGGUCUGCACUUGCCAGAAGCGGACUGUGAUUUGCGAUCCCAUCAUUUGCCCUGUCCUGGACUGCGCCAAUGUCGUCCAUCUUGAAGACAAGUGCUGCCCAGUCUGCGAAGAGAAAAAACAAGAGAAAGGCAUCAAACAAACAGAAAAGUCAGGUGAUCAGAUGGAAGGUUGCUACUUCGAGGGGGACAGGAAGAUACAUCCACCAGGGACCACAUGGCAUCCGUUUGUGCCUCCGUUUGGAUACAUCAAGUGUGCCAUCUGUACCUGCAGGGGAGCCACUGGAGAAGUCCACUGUGAGAAGGUGAAUUGCCCUCGACUGACCUGCAGCAACCCCGUCAGACGCAGUCCCUCCGACUGCUGCAAAGAAUGCCCAGCUGAAGAGAAGACGCCCAUUGACCUCACAGAGAUGAUGCAGGCGGAUGGGCCGCGGGCUUGUAAAUUCGGGAAGAACUGGUACCUCAACAAUGAGAGCUGGCACCCAGAGGUCCCUCCUUUCGGAGAAAUGAAGUGCAUCACCUGCUGGUGCGACGAUGGCGUUACCAAGUGCCAGAGAGAACAGUGCCCCCUACUAACCUGCAGCAAGAUCGCCAGGAGAGAGAACAAGUGCUGCCCGGAGUGCAAGGAUUCCUACAAUGUGGAGGAAGUGGAGCAGCUGAAGGAGGAAGAAGAAAAGAAACAGAACUGGGGCUACUGAUACUGAACAACCGGACUAACUUUUACCAAGACUGAGCGCUGACCUGUGCUGCUGGCUAGCACGUCCACCUCAGACAGAGAGCGAGAAAGAGCCAAGCCAGCGCUGCAGCACAGGGACAGAAUGAAAUGAAAGGGCAGCAGAAAGACACUUCCACUGGGUUUGCAAACUCCACUUUAAUACCAUUGAAAAUAAUAUGAUUUAAAAAAAAAACAAAAAAAAACUACAAAGACUAAUAUUUAAAACGAAACCCCUGGACAUUCUGGAGGGGUCAGGAGAACUUUAAUGAACAAUUAUUUAAGAUUUUAUUUGAUUUUCUUUUUCACCAUUUUGAUGACUACACAAAACGGGCCUGGGUGCAGAUUAUUCAUAUUUUUUAGCAGUCUGGUCAGGACGCAACAAGAGGCACCCUUUUAUUUAUUUGAGACGUUCCACAAAGUUUCAGAGGAGUGCAUUGUAGCCCUGACUACGAUGCUAGUCUGUUAAAAAAAAGCAAUGCUUGAGGUACUGUCCAGUACAUGCUGCUGCUGGGCAAGGCAGAUCCACAGCCCUGCGAGACUUCUUCAAGAGACAACGGCUCAGUCUGCCUUCCUUUCCAGGGCAGCUACAGGGGCAGCGCUGGGGAUAUGAAGUGGGAUCUGCCGCUGUAGGAGCUGCAAGGAUCGAAUCAGGAGACCCAUUUCAUUGAAUGCAAUGCAUUCACUAAGAAGCAGCUUCUGGUUGCACAGUAUUCAGAACCUGUUUCUUCUACCCAGAUGCCCAGAGGGUGCCCCAGGAGGUCAAGUGUCUGGAAACAACAGGGGCGGUCAUCACACACUAGUAAGCCAGGCUCUCGAGUCUUCAUCGCAGUAAACCAAACUGCUUCCCAUUGCACUCACCGCAUACAAACCUUCAGAAAGUCACUGAAGCACCUUCUCAUAAAACACAAGGGACCUGUUGAUGUGCUAAUGAGCCCUAAUGCCUUUUAAAUAGCAUUGUAGUGCAAACUAAGUGCGGGAGAGGAGGGGA